AUGUUUGAAGGCUUCGAGACGUUCGAUAUCACCACACGGACAUCGCCCGAGGUAAAAAUUCACGGUGUCAAGAGCAAAGACGGUGGGCGCAACCUCCCGCCUCUGCUUCUUCUCCAUGGCUUCCCACAGACUCACCAUAUCUGGGACGCUGUUGCGAGUCGGCUGCAAAUGCAGUUCGACAUAGUUGCCCUUGAUCUUCGCGGAUAUGGAGAGUCCUCUGCUCCCUCAGACCUGUCAAGUUACGCCAAAAGCGCAAUGGCAAAAGAUUGUGUCAAAGUCAUGGAAAAGCUCGGUUUCGAUUCUUUCUUCGUCUGUGCACAUGAUAGAGGGGCGAGAGUCGCGCACAAAUUGUGCGUUGACUAUCCGCUUCGAGUGAAAAAGGCGAUUUUCCUGGAUAUUUGUCCCACGCUGGCGAUGUAUACAUCGACGAACUUCGAAUUCGCAAAGGCUUACUUUCAUUGGUUCUUCUUGAUUCAGAAAGAACCGCUUCCAGAAACGACAAUAUCACAAAAUCCUAGACGGUUUGCUGAGAUGUUCAUGGGUGGAAGACAAGCCAGCGGCCUGGACAUCUUCAAGCCCGAGUGUUUCGAUCGGUAUGUCCGCAAUCUUGGAGAUCCCGCGAUAGUACAUGCGAUGUGCCAGGAUUACCGAGCAAGCGCUUCUUUGGACAUGGAUGAGGCAAGAGAAGACCUCCAAAACCAACGGCUCAUCCAAUGCCCAUUGAUGGUCCUUUGGGGUCGUCACGGGGUCAUUGAAAAAUGCUUUGACGCAGUGUCUGAGUGGAAAAAGGUCACAGUAGCAGAUGUGCCUGUCGAAGGACACAGCAUUGACUCGGGCCAUUACAUCCCGGAGCAAGCUCCUGACGAAGUUGUGACGGCAAUCGAGAAGUUCUUCUUGUGA